AUGAUAAAAAAUAUGUCAGAAAUCUAAAGAAGCAGAAAUUAUUUUGAUUUUGAGUAAUUAGAUUGCAAUCGAUAUUUUCAAAAUUAUAAGGAGAGUGAAAGCUCAUUAAAAGAUCAUAUCAAUUCCCAUUAGAUUUUAUUCCUUUUAGCCAAAAAUCCUGCUGUUGGAAAUCAUCUGAAAAAUAUCUUCUUCAUUAUAUGUGAUGCUUAUGGUAUUCUAUCGCCUGUCUCUAUAUUGAAUCCUGAACAAGACAUCAUUUUAUAAUAUUUCAAUUUUGAAAGUACUGAAAAGGGUGUCAAAGUACCAGUCGCUACAUUUUUAGCUUGUUUGAAAAUGCUUUCUUACCAUUCCAUCCAACUCAUGGAACCAAAUGUUGGUUAUUCAAUACUGGCUGGUCAAAUGGAAAAUUUAGGAAAAAGAAUUGCUCUCAAAAAUACAAGACUUAUUAAUGAUGCUAUUCAUAUUGGAGAAUUUGACAAUUUUGAAUUGUUCAAAUAAAGAUUCCAAGGAAGGUUACUGGAGCUCCUGAUUAGAUUCUUGAUCCAAAAUAUACUUGGACAAACAUAUUUGAACAUGAUAGAAUAUUAAGAAAUUUAGGAUUCUAAAUGA